UGCCCAUAUGUGUGUGACUGCUGUGGUGUACAUGUGUGAGUUUCUGAGUCAAGCUACCUCGGCUGGCUCCCGUCCUGGUCUCUUUUUGGCUGUGUGACCGCAGGCAAGUCGCUUACCCUCUCUGAGCCUCAGUUUUCCGUGCUGUAAAAUGAGGGUACAUACAGAAUCCAGCUCAGGUUGUAAGGAUCAAAUACAUAAAAGGUGUGGAGAGUUUAGAGCCAAGCCCUACACACGCUCAGAGGCCCCACUGGACCCUCGGCUCUUCCUUGGACUUCUUGUGUGUUCUGUGAGCUUCGCUGGAUUCAGGGUCUUGGGCAUCAGAGGUGAGAGGGUGGGAAGGUCCGCCGCGAUGGGGAAGCCCUGGCUGCGUGCGCUACAGCUGCUGCUCCUGCUGGGCGCGUCAUGGGCGCGGGCGGGCGCCCCGCGCUGCACCUACACCUUCGUGCUGCCCCCGCAGAAGUUCACGGGCGCCGUGUGCUGGAGCGGCCCCGCAUCCACGCGGGCGGCGCCCGAGGCCGCCAACGCCAGCGAGCUGGCGGCGCUGCGCAUGCGCGUCGGCCGCCACGAGGAGCUGUUACGCGAGCUGCAGAGGCUGGCGGCGGCCGACGGCGCCGUGGCCGGCGAGGUGCGCGCGCUGCGCAAGGAGAGCCGCGGCCUGAGCGCGCGCCUGGGCCAGUUGCGCGCGCAGCUGCAGCACGAGGCGGGGCCCGGGGCGGGCCCGGGGGCCGAUCUGGGGGCGGAGCCUGCCGCGGAGCCUGCCGCGGCGCUGGCCCUGCUCGGGGAGCGCGUGCUCAACGCGUCCGCCGAGGCUCAGCGCGCCGCCGCCCGGUUCCACCAGCUGGACGUCAAGUUCCGCGAGCUGGCGCAGCUCGUCACCCAGCAGAGCAGUCUCAUCGCCCGCCUGGAGCGCCUGUGCCCGGGAGGCGCGGGCGGGCAGCAGCAGGUCCUGCCGCCACCCCCACUGGUGCCUGUGGUUCCGGUCCGUCUUGUGGGUAGCACCAAUGACACCAGUAGGAUGCUGGACCCAGCCCCAGAGCCCCAGAGAGACCAGACCCAGAGACAGCAGGAGCCCCUGGCUUCUCCCAUGCCUGCAGGUCACCCUGCGGUCCCCACCAAGCCUGUGGGCCCAUGGCAGGAUUGUGCAGAGGCCCGCCAGGCAGGCCAUGAACAGAGUGGAGUGUAUGAACUGCGAGUGGGCCGUCACGUAGUGUCAGUAUGGUGUGAGCAGCAACUGGAGGGUGGAGGCUGGACUGUGAUCCAGCGGAGGCAAGAUGGUUCAGUCAACUUCUUCACUACCUGGCAGCACUAUAAGGCGGGCUUUGGGCGGCCAGACGGAGAAUACUGGCUGGGCCUUGAACCCGUGUAUCAGCUGACCAGCCGUGGGGACCAUGAGCUGCUGGUUCUUCUGGAGGACUGGGGGGGCCGUGGAGCACGUGCCCACUAUGAUGGCUUCUCCCUGGAACCCGAGAGCGACCACUACCGCCUGCGGCUUGGCCAGUACCAUGGUGAUGCUGGAGACUCUCUUUCCUGGCACAAUGACAAGCCCUUCAGCACCGUGGAUAGGGACCGAGACUCCUAUUCUGGUAACUGUGCCCUGUACCAGCGGGGAGGCUGGUGGUACCAUGCCUGUGCCCACUCCAACCUCAACGGUGUGUGGCAUCACGGCGGCCACUACCGAAGCCGCUACCAGGAUGGUGUCUACUGGGCUGAGUUUCGUGGUGGGGCAUACUCUCUCAGGAAGGCCGCCAUGCUCAUUCGGCCCCUGAAGCUGUGACUCUGUGUUCCUCUGUCCCCUAGGCCCCAGGGGACAUUGGUCAGCAGGAGCCCAAGUUGUUCUGGCCACACCUUCUUUGUGGCUCAGUGCCAAUGUGUCCCACAGAACUUCCCACUGUGGAUCUGUGACCCUGGGCGCUGAAAAUGGGACCCAGGAAUCCCCCCCGUCAAUAUCUUGGCCCCAGAUGGCUCCCCAAGGUCAUUCAUAUCUCGGUUUGAGCUCAUAUCUUAUAAUAACACAAAGUAGCCACA